CAAACAGAACUUAUAGUUUUAGAAAAAAAAAAACAGACACACAUACACACACUUUUUCCCAAAAUAUGACAAAGACAAUGGCGACCUCAAGCAUCAAGACCAUUCCAAUUAUAGCGAUCCCAAAUUUCGCCAUCUGCCACAAGCUCGAGCUCCUCAAGGAAGAAGGCGAACGCAGGGACCUGAAACGCCAAGAAGGAGGAGAUGAAGAAGGGCUAAGCUACGAGUUCCGAGAGAUGUUAGAUUCUCUUCCUAAGGAGAGAGGAUGGAGAACUCGUUACCUUUACCUUUUCCAAGGGUUUUGGUGCCAGUCCAAGGAGAUUCAAGCUAUCAUAUCUUUCCAGAAACAUUUCCAGCCACUCCAAAACGACGUCGUUAUUGCGACCAUACCAAAAUCCGGUACAACAUGGUUAAAAGCUCUAACUUUUACCCUUCUUAACCGAUACCGGUUUGAUCCGGUUUCCUCAACUAAUACCGACCACCCUCUUCUCACAUCCAACCCUCAUGACCUCGUACCUUUCUUCGAGUACAAGCUUUACGCAAACGGUGGCGUUCCCGAUCUGUCCGGUCUCGCCAGUCCCAGAACAUUCGCGACACACAUCCCUUUCGGCUCUCUCAAGGGUUCGAUCGAGAAACCAGGCGUGAAGGUCGUGUACCUGUGCAGGAACCCGUUUGACACGUUUAUCUCGUCGUGGCAUUACAUCAACAGCAUAAAAUCGGAGUCAGUGAGUCCAGUCUCGUUAGAUGAAGGGUUUGAUCUUUAUUGCAGGGGAGUGAUCGGGUUUGGUCCGUUUUGGGAACACAUGUUAGGAUACUGGAGAGAGAGCUUGAAGAGACCAGAGAAAGUCUUGUUCUUACGGUACGAAGAUCUGAAAGAAGACAUCGAGUCUAACUUGAAAAGGCUUGCGAGUUUCUUGGGCGUUCCUUUCACGGAUGAAGAGGAACGAAAGGGUGUUGUGAAGGCAAUAUCGGAUCUGUGUAGCUUCAAGAAUCUAAAGAAGCUAGAGGUGAACAAGUCAAGCAAAUCUAUCAAGAACUUUGAGAAUAGGCACUUGUUUAGGAAAGGAGAAGUGAGUGAUUGGGUUAACUAUCUGUCGCCUUCACAAGCCGAGAGAUUGUUAGCCUUGGUGGAUGACAAGUUAGGUGGAACUGGUCUCACUUUCAGGUACAGCUAAAUAAGGCCACGUGCUCGCAUUUCUACUACUUUGUGUGUUUGAACUUUGAGGGCCUUAAUUUGAGUGAAAAGCCAAAACUAAAAAAAGACAAGUUAAAGGCAGUUGUUUGUUGUUACAGAUAGAAGAAGAAAACAAUGAAGCAACGUCCACAAAGUUUUUAUUUCAAUAAAUAUCAUUGUGUUCCAUUAUAUAUGUUUUCAUUUCUAUUUUUUUUCUUCCUUUUUUGACAUGUUUUUCAUUUCUUUUUAAGUAGUAGUCGAUGUGUGUAACUGAGUGUAUUGAUAAUCAUGUUAAAUAUACUUAAAACUGUGUGUAUCAUAAAUAACAGAACUUUGAAAGUUUUUUUUUUUGAACAA